CCUCUUCCGUAGUCCAAUAUGCUUAUUGUUACAUUUUUUGCAUCUGUCAGCAUAAGUCCAUCUAACAUCAGAUGAUUGUAGCACACAUCCUUGUAAAUGUAGCUUUAUUUUAACACCAGCGGAAGUGGGUGUGCUGAUCUGAUAGCUCUCUGUUAUAAAGGCUCAGCUGUAGCUCCAUGUUCAGGUUGGCAGUAGGUUGUUUUCCCUGAUAGCCGCCUGGGGUUCACUCGUCGCCGCCGAACUCCAUCACUGCAAAUUCGGUCAUUACGGCGGCACAACAGACGGAAUACAGGAUACAGAUGGACCAGCAAGACCAGUCCUAUAUGUUUGCCAGUCUGAAACGGCCUCACUCAGAACAGCUGCUGCAAGGCCUCCAGCUCUUGCGGCAGGAUCAUGAACUAUGUGACAUCGUCCUGCGUGUGGGUGAUGCCAAGAUCCAUGCCCACAAAGUAGUUCUGGCCAGCAUCAGCCCAUACUUUAAGGCCAUGUUCACAGGUAACCUGUCAGAAAAGGAGACAUCUGAGGUGGAAUUCCAAUGCAUUGAUGAGACUGCAUUACAGGCCAUUGUGGAGUAUGCCUACACUGGGACUGUGUUUAUCUCCCAAGAAACAGUGGAAUCUCUGCUACCAGCUGCCAACUUACUCCAGGUUAAGCUAGUACUAAAGGAGUGCUGCUCCUUUUUAGAAAGCCAGUUGGAUGCUGGGAACUGUAUAGGCAUUUCCCGCUUUGCAGAGACGUAUGGCUGUCAUGAACUGUGCCUAGCUGCAACUAAGUUCAUCUGUGAGAACUUUGAGGAGGUUUGUCAAACAGAGGAGUUUUUUGAACUGACAAGAGCAGAGUUGGAUGAAAUUGUGUCCAAUGACUGCUUAAAGGUGGUCACAGAGGAGACUGUGUUUUACGCUUUGGAGUCAUGGAUCAAAUAUGAUGUAACUGAGAGACAGCAGCAUCUUGCUCAGCUGCUGCACUGUGUCCGCCUUCCACUCCUCAGCGUCAAAUUUCUCACCCGCCUAUAUGAAGCCAACCACCUUAUACGAGAUGACCACGCAUGCAAGCACCUGCUCAACGAGGCCCUCAAAUAUCAUUUUAUGCCUGAGCACCGGCUCUCCUAUCAGACUGUGUUGUCAGCAAGGCCCAGGUGUGCCCCAAAGGUGCUGCUGGCCGUGGGAGGCAAGGCUGGACUGUUUGCAACGUUAGAAAGCAUGGAAAUGUAUUUCCCUCAGACAGACUCAUGGAUAGGACUGGCCCCUCUAAGUGUACCCCGGUAUGAAUUUGGAGUGGCAGUGCUGGACCACAAAGUGUAUGUGGUAGGAGGCAUCGCCACUCACAUGAGACAAGGCAUUAGCUAUCGGAGACACGAGAGCACAGUGGAAAGCUGGGACCCUGAAAGCAACACCUGGUCCACUGUGGAGCGUAUGGCUGAGUGCCGUAGCACGUUAGGGGUGGUGGUACUGGCUGGUGAACUGUACGCCCUCGGAGGCUAUGACGGCCAGUAUUACCUCCAGUCGGUGGAGAAAUAUGUCCCCAAGUUGAAGGAGUGGCAGCCUGUGGCACCCAUGACGAAGUCCCGCAGCUGCUUUGCCACGGCUGUGCUGGAUGGCAUGGUGUACGCUAUUGGAGGCUAUGGCCCGGCCCAUAUGAACAGUGUGGAGCGGUACGACCCCAGCAAGGAUGCCUGGGAAAUGGUAGCCCCCAUGGCAGACAAGAGGAUCAACUUUGGAGUAGGCGUCAUGCUCGGCUUCAUAUUCGUGGUCGGGGGACACAACGGAGUGUCACACCUGUCCAGUAUCGAGCGGUAUGAUCCACACCAGAACCAGUGGACAGCAUGUCGGCCAAUGAAUGAACCACGCACCGGUGUUGGUUCUGCCAUCGUGGACAACUACCUCUAUGUGGUAGGAGGUCACUCUGGGUCAUCCUACCUGAACACUGUCCAGCGUUAUGACCCUAUCUCAGACAGCUGGUUGGACUCUAGUGGCAUGAUGUAUUGUCGUUGCAACUUUGGUCUGACUGCCCUUUGACCCUUGGCCCAGCCAGCUAGGACCCUCUGAGAGACCUUAGACACAAAGACAUUUCUUUUUUUGUCUCCUCCUCCUCCCCCCACAUUCAUCCUCCAGAUGCAGAUGAGCACUGCACAUGGAUGUCAACACCAGAGGAGAGAGAGAGAUAGAGAGAGCCUGCUGGGCGGAUGGAUGUGCCGGGUUAGCUGGUCAGCUAAAUGGGGACCACAGGCAUAGUAGCAGAGAUGAGAAAGAACUGCAAGGUUGUGCUAAAUAGAGAGGAAGGAGAUGAGACCGUUUUGUCAUGGGACCCAGGAGAUGACUGCUCUACUGCUGCUGGACCACAACGAGGACUCUGAGCCAUUUCCCAGAGGAUUGUGGGAGAAAACUCGUCACUUUUGUUUCAAAAUAAUGUUAGCAGACAUUUUGUGUUGUCCUUCAUGCCAUUAAUUCUGUUGAACACUUAACUUUUUUUAAUUUCCCUGCUGCAACUGGAACCACGUGUUCAAGUUUUGUAGAACACCACAGUUUGCUGGUGUUUAUGUAUGACUACGUGUUUGUUGGCCAUGUAGCGUGUGUGUCCAUGUGUAUGCUUGAGGGGUACAUGCAUGUCAGAUAGGAAUGUUUGUUUUGGUACGUGUCCGUGUGCAGAACUGAUGCUCGGGCUCAGCGACGCAGGAGUUUUGCAUCUAAAUCAGUGCUUCACAAAGAAGAGAAGUUUCAAUCUUUCUAUUUCCUCCAAAAGGGCUGCCUUUUCUCUCCUGUAAAUAGUCUAAAUGAAAUAUAUAGAUAUGAAUAUAUCCUCUAGUGCAUUGCCUGUAAAUGUUUUCUGCACUGGGUCACUAGUGUACGUAUGAAUGUGUGUUUCGUUUGAUUUCAAGGGUCAGUGUAGAGGUGAAUGACAAAUCCUCCUGAGAGUGUUUGCCACAAGUCUCUGCUGCGUCCUCAGAGCCAUCAAACACCCCUGCGUUCUAUCUUCUGUAACAUCUCAUUAAGAUCAGGUCAUGAACCUGCUUCUCUUUACAAUAGCUGAAAUCAACCUUGGCUCUCUUUUCACCCUUUGGUCUGUACACAAUACCAACUGGUGCUAUAUUUAGGAUUCAGGAUUCAGCUGUUUGUCUGUGUUGCCUCAUACAACUAGGUCAACCUCUGUUCAGCCUCUACUGCAUUAGAUGUUCUAUUUAUGUGCAUUUUAAUUAGUACAUUUAAAUUCUCACAAUCAUGCAAUAAAACUAAGCCCUGCUGACAGAGAAAUCUGCGCUAGGAUAACAAAAGUAAUCCGUUUUAAAAUUAGGAUCUUGUAUGGUUUCAGUUUACUUUGGUCAUUCUUGAAUCAUAAGCUACCUGAGUUAGCAUUCCCCCUCUUCCACAGCAUCCCUGCUGCAGGAUACGAGCAUGCUUUAUCCUCUCAGAACCUGUUUCCAGCGCAGUUUCACCCACAGCUAUGAAUAUGACUUUUUCUGCCUGUAAUUAGGCCUGACACCUGCUCUUUGCACUCGACACAACACGUGUGAUUGUCAUGUGGCCUCGGUCUUGCUUGCUUGCAGGCUCAGGUAUGAGGUAAUCUGUUCACAGCUUCAUGUAAAGUGCCAAAUCCUGACUUUUUUCUUUUUUGCAUCUUUCCAACCUCCAACUCUGGAUGCAUCUUCCCUCCUGUGCCACAGUCAACACAUUUUUUUAUGCCCUUAUUGCUAAUGUAUUUGUGUUACAUCUUCCAUGACGCCAGAUGGAUGGAUGAUAAAGCACCAAGGGCUGUGCCGGACAACUCAGGCCAUGUUGGCGCUGUCACCUGUUCUGUGUUUUAGCAGGAAACGCCAGAGUGUUCCCAUGAGUGCAUCUGACUCCAGACUUGCAGAUGGAAUUUCUCUGUGCAGCCUAGGCUAAUGGCUACUGGACAGGUCGAGCAAUGCACAGCAAUAGAGGGGGCACUAGACGAGGAAAGGCUGGGUGUGGUGUGUCUUGUUGAGUGGCUGUUAACGUUCAAGUCUAGUUUGAGUUGCUUUGUGCACUGAAACUUAAACCGAACUCUGCAUUGCACUUACCAAACUAUUUGAUACAUAUUGUAGUUUGUACACAUGUUUUAGUUGAGGAUAACAGCAUUUAGAUAAUGCAAUAAGACUUCUGUUUUCUCUGUGGAUUAAAUUGUUUUGUGUUUUGUCUCUUUAAGAAGCCAAGGCAUCUCAUAUUGCUGUAACAGGUCCUAACAUGGCAUGUCAGUUUAUUCUCACUGAAACAUUGAAUGGUACCUCUGACUUAACUUCAUCACACCUGUGUUGUUUUCUCUCUUGUACAUGCUUGUUAAUCUUUUCAUGACUUUUGUUUUUGUAUUGUAACAGAUAGAGAUGAUUUGAUUGAAUUCAAGGACAGAUUUGAAGUAUACUCCUCUAAAACAUACACAGAAGUUAAUAGUAGGCCGGACAGGUGCUCUUCCACUUCAUUCUUGCACUCUAUCCUUGAUGUGUUCUUAAUAUGACUGAAACCAUCACUACAGACGGGAACUUGAAAGACAAUUGCCUUUCAAAUCGGUCACUGGUGAGAAAUUUAGUGAGUAGCUGAUCACCAUGUAAAGUACUUUACUUUGGAUUUCUGCUUUAUUUUGAAAGGAUUGUGCAAGGGUAAUUCUGCAAAUGUCAUUUUAUUUUAGAAAAGUGUGACUGAUUUUUUUAUGUUAUAUUUAUGACCAUAAUAAUUAUUAUAAUUUGUAUUGUUUAUGUUGUGUAACCUGAAUUCGCUGACUUGUUCUGUGUUUAGUCUAUUGUCUGAGACGUUGUUAGUCACUGAACAGCCACAGCACAAAUCACGCUGGCGUAAUUAUGUGCUGCCGCCAUGAUUCAUCCAGCAUCAAUGUUCUGUACAGUGUCAUGAUUUCUGAGGUGAAUACUAACUGCUACUUUAGUGAAUUUUGGAGUAACACUGAUGAAAAUCUGCAAACGUGAAUCUGCAAAAUGAAGGGAUGUUGGAAUUGAGUUUGUACGCAUUUUUAUUAAGGCCUAUCCAAUGUCAUGUUUUUUCCACCACUCUCACCAAAGUGCUUGUUCAAAGAAAGCAGAUGGAUGACUAACACCUGGUCUGCAACGGACUGCCACUCUAAUGUUUGUGUCUGAAAUGAGAAUCCUUUGAAACUGAUGUCAAUGUUAGCCAAAUGACCACUGCUUCUUUUACAUUUCCCAUAGUGUGUCUGAAACAAGGUGAUGAUCUUGAAUUUUCUAUCCUGUGGAUUAAUACUGGAAGUACAAGAUAACCUUAGGUGUAGAAACAGUAGCUUUUCACAUUUGAUCAUGUUUUGAUUGAGGACAUUUUACAUACAUUUAAGUCAGUUUGUGUGGUGCAGUUGUACCCAGUUUAAAAUAAAUGCCUGCCUUAUAAGGUA